CGUGGCCCAUCGGAGCUGGGCGGGCGCCGGUUACCCCGGAGGGCGGAGCAGCGGCGGCCAGCCUCGUCCCUGGUGACCCCGCGUCCCGUGCGCUCGCCCUCCCUGUCCCACUCCAACGAUGGGCGCACAGCCCCCCAACUUCUCCUGGGUGCUCCCGGGCCGGCUGGCGGGGAUGGCGCUGCCGCGGCUCCCCGCCCACUACCAGUUCCUGCAGGCGCAGGGCGUGCGGCACUUGGUGUCGCUGACGGAGCACGGGCCCCCGCAUGGCGACCAGUGUCCCGAGCUCACCCUCCACCGCCUGCGCGUCCCCGACUUCUGCCCGCCCGACCCCCGCCAGAUCGACCGCUUCGUGCAGAUCGUGGACCAGGCCAACGCGCGGGGAGAGGCCGUGGCAGUGCACUGUGCCCUGGGCUUGGGUCGUACUGGCACCAUGCUGGCCUGUUACCUGGCGAAGGACCUGGGCUUGACUGCAGGAGACGCCAUCAUGGAGAUUCGUCGCCUGCGACCUGGCUCCAUAGAGACCCACGAACAAGAGAAAGCAGUCUUCCAGUUCUACCAGCGAACAAAAUAAGGGUUCUUGAAAUGAAGGGUCUCGGAAGUCUUUUGCUGGCACUUCAGCCCCCUGCCCUGUGCUGGGAAAUGGAGCCACAGAGGAAGGAAACUGAUAUAUGAAGCCCUCCAUCUUCCGUUGGCUCCCAUUGGACUGCAGUAGGCAGCCCUGUGUGGCAGACAGGUCCUGAAUGACAGAAUAGCUGUGACCCCACCAAAGGGAACACGACCCCAUGCUGCUUCCUUGAAUAAAUACCUUGCCACCACCAGCUCACACUGAACAGCAAUUUACAAAGCACUCCCACACAUCAAUUUAAGCUUCAUGCUAGCUCUAGGAUAUAGGAAAGGCAAAAAAACAAAAAAACAAAAUCUCUGUUCUUUGGAUGGGUUGGCUAAGGCUCAGAGAUGUGCCAAGGUCAUACUUCUAGAAAGUGAUAAGAUGGACAGGACAUCUUUGGCCUCUUUAAGGUGCUGGAAUUCUCUGUACCUCUUCCCUGAUGCCAUUUGAUAUGGUUUGUGGGGGAAAUGUCAGUGAAAAGAAUGCACAUCCCUGGCAGCCAAGCUUUCUGGAAUCUCCAGAUCUCUGCUACUUCCUGGUCAGGGGGACCCUGUUAAUGGCACCCUUCAAUCAAAGCCCACUCGCCCCAUGCAUGUCACCCUUGUCCCUCUCACAACAGAGGAAGCUUGGGUGUUGUGCUCAUGAGUGACAACUGUCUACACUUUGCCAGGACCGGGAACCACCUGCCAGCUCCCAGUACUGCCUUGUUCAUGUGGUUCUUCCAUCCUACCUAGUAUCAGACCAAAGAAUGCUGGAGCUAAACAACUCUCAUUAUUCAGGGAGGUGAAUAUUCAUUAAUGAAAUAAAGAGUGGUCGGGCUAUGAA